AUGUGCACAGGAAGUUGUGCCAAGUGCCUGGGCGCUACGCUCAUUGUUUUAGCUGUUUGCAGUCUACUGGCCAACACCUUACUGUUUUUCCCUGCUGGAGUGGUUGCAAAGAGCAAUGAUCACAUAUCAAGGGAAGUCUUCUACCUUGGCGGAAUCAUCGGGUCUGGAGUGCUGAUUAUUUUCCCUGCCCUCGUGUUUUUGGGUAUGAAGAAGAAUGACUGCUGUGGGUGCUGUGGAAAUGAAAGCUGUGGCAAGAGAUUUGCAAGCUUUUCUUCCAUCCUCUUUGCUGCUAUAGGAUUUGUUGGAGCUGGCUACAAUUUUAUCAUUUCUGCAGUGGCUAUCAAUAAAGGACCAAUAUGUUAUUUAGGAAAGAAUGGUGAAGAAGAUAUCUGGGAUUAUGCGUUUGCCGAUGGGGAUUACCUUGGAAACCACACAUUAUGGGAAAAAUGCAAAGUAUUUGAGCAAGACAAAUACAAAGUAAAUACAGAAACCACCAUCACCUGGAAUCUGACACUCUUCUGCAUGCUUCUGAUCAUGGGUGGGACACAAGCUGUACUCUGUGCUAUACAAGCUAUCAAUGGUUUAAUAGGGACAAUCUGUGGAGAAUGCAAGUGCUGUGGGUGCUGUGGGGAAAUAGCAGUGCACUUCCUGACACAUGUACCUACGCACUUCUGUUCCUCUAGCAUCCUAGUUGCAUAUCUGCAGUGUGAGAUCAUCUAA